CCAGGUGUGUCCCCGAUGUCCCACGGGUAUUUCCAGCACGGGGGGGUGACGUUCCCGGGGCUCCUUUACUCCCCCCGGAGCCUCGAGGCCGCGCGCGAGUUCCCGGUGGAGGACGACGACGUCUUCAACGUCACCUACCAGAAAUCGGGGACAGUUUGGAUGCUGGAGAUCCUGUCCCUGAUCCGGCAGGACGGGGACCCGCGCUGGUGCCGCUCUGUCCCCAACUGGGACCGGGGCCCGUGGCUGGAGACGCUGCUGGGGCUGCGCCGCGCCCAAAAAAUCACCAAAAAAUCAGAAAAAAAUCUAAAAAAAUGCCAAAAAUUCCAAAUUUUUUUUCCAGGGACAGUGUGGAUGCUGGAGAUCCUGUCCCUGAUCCGGCAGGACGGGGACCCGCGCUGGUGCCGCUCUGUCCCCAACUGGGACCGGGGCCCGUGGCUGGAGACGCUGCUGGGGCUGCGCCGCGCCCGCGCCAACGCCCGGCCCCGAAUCAUCAGCUCCCACCUGCCCGUGCACAUGUUCCCCAAAGCGUUUUUUGGGUCCAAGGCCAAGGUGAUCUACACGGUGCGGGACCCCAAGGACGUGCUGGUUUCCCUUUUCCACUUCGCUCGAAUCUUCCGGCCCUACAGAGACCCCGGGAGCCUCGGGGACUUCAUGGACAAAUUCCUGCAGGGGGACGUGCCCUUUGGCUCCUGGUUCCAGCACGUCCGGGGGUGGCUCCAGCUCCGGGGGAGGGAAAAUUUCUUCUGGAUCAGCUACGAGGAGCUGCAGCAGGACCUGCGUGGCAGUGUGCAGCGCCUCUGCUCCUUCCUGUGUCACCCGCUGUCCCCCGCCGCCCUGGACGCCGUUGUCACCAACGCCUCGUUCGCCGCCAUGAGCCACAACCCCAUGAGCAACUUCAGCCUCAGCCCGGGAUUUAUCCUGGACAGGAGCAGGGGACCCUUCCUCAGGAAAGGGAUUUCAGGGGACUGGAGGAACCACCUGAGCCCCGAGCAGAGCCGGCGCUUCGACCUCGUGUACCGGGAGCGCAUGGAGGGGCUGGGGGUCUCCUUCCCCUGGGACCCCCCGGGAACGGCCCCAGAGACCCCCCAGGAAACCCAAAAAAUGGGGGGGGAACCCCAAAAAAUCCAAAAUCUGGAGGAGACCCCCAAGGAAACCCAAAAAGAGGAGGAGACCCCCCAAUCCCAGUUCUGGUUCCAGUCCCAGUUUCAGUCUCGAUCCCAGUCCUGGUCCCAGUCCCGGUUCCGGUUCCAGUUUCUGUUCCAGUUUCAGUUCCAGUCCUGGUUCCGGUCCCGGUUCCAGUUUCAGUUCCAGUCCUCCUGGUUCCGGUCUCAAUCCCAGUCCCACUUCCGAUGCUGGUUCUGGUUCCAGUCCCAGUUCUGA